GUCACUGUGCGGCGGGCCGGUGAGGCCGCGGCAUGGGGCGAGUGCAGCUCUUCGAGAUCAGCCUGAGCCACGGCCGCGUUGUCUACAGCCCCGGGGAGCCGCUGGCUGGGACCGUGCGUGUGCGCCUGGGGGCGCCGCUGCCGUUCCGAGCCAUCCGGGUGACCUGCACAGGUUCCUGCGGGGUCUCCAACAAGGCUAACGACGCAGCGUGGGUAGCGGAGGAGGACUACUUCAACAGUUCCCUGUCGCUGGCGGACAAGGGUAAGUCUGGGAGCCAGUUCCUGACCUGGUCCCAAGUGGUGACCCCUGGGGGCACCCCUUGGAGUGGGGCCUACCUGUCCUCCCCCUUUCCUAGACCUGCCUCUUGGAUCUUGCACUGGCCCAUCUUCUCCCAGGGUUGUGGGCCCUGAUGGGUUUCUCAUAGGGGCUGGGUGGUUGAAGGGGCCACUUUCCACCUGUGCUGGAUGUGGGUGCGCUCUGACUCCUGGCACAGCUGUUUCACCCUUGCCCCAUUCCCAAACCACUCUCCUGUUCAAGCCCUUACCCUCGGUCCUUCACCCAGGCCACAGCCCUGUGCUGCUGUGACUGAGACAGGGAGACCCAGUGUGAGCUGGCCAGCUGCACUGCCCACUCUUAUCUUGGCUCUGUGGCCACCUCAGGCCUCGGAGGCCUGUCCCCACCGCCCCCACCUCCCUCCUGUCUCUGCAGGGAGUCUGCCCGCUGGAGAACACAGCUUCCCCUUCCAGUUCCUGCUUCCUGCCACAGCACCCACGUCCUUUGAGGGUCCUUUUGGGAAGAUCGUGCACCAGGUGAGGGCCGCCAUCCACACGCCACGGUUUUCCAAGGAUCACAAGUGCAGCCUCGUGUUCUAUAUCUUGAGCCCCCUGAAUCUGAACAGCAUCCCAGACAUUGAGCAACCCAAUGUGGCCUCUGCCACCAAGAAGUUCUCCUACAAGCUGGUGAAGACAGGCAGCGUGGUCCUCACAGCCAGCACUGAUCUCCGCGGCUAUGUGGUGGGGCAGGCACUGCAGCUGCACGCCGACAUUGAGAACCAGUCAGGCAAGGACACCAGCCCUGUGGUGGCCAGUCUGCUGCAGAAAGUGUCCUAUAAGGCCAAGCGCUGGAUCCACGACGUACGGACCAUCGCGGAGGUGGAGGGUGCAGGCGUCAAGGCCUGGCGGCGGGCACAGUGGCAUGAGCAGAUCCUGGUGCCUGCUUUGCCCCAGUCGGCCCUGCCAGGCUGCAGCCUCAUCCACAUCGACUACUACUUACAGGUCUCUCUGAAGGCACCGGAAGCUACUGUGACCCUCCCGGUCUUCAUUGGCAAUAUUGCUGUGAACCAUGCCCCACUGAGCCCCCAGCCAGGCCCAGGGCUGCCUCCCUGGGCCCCACCCCUGGUGGUGCCUUCUGCACCACCCCAGGAAGAGGCUGAGGCUGCGGCUGGCGGCCCCCACUUCUUGGACCCGGUCUCCCUCUCCACCAAGAGCCAUUCGCAGCAGCAGCCCCUGCUGGCCACCUUGGGUUCUGUGCCUGGUGCCCCCGAGCCCUGUCCUCAGGAUGGCAGCCCUGCCUCAUACCCGCUGCGGCCUCCCUUGUGCAUUUCAACAGGUGCCACUGUCCCCUACUUUGCAGAGGGCUCUGGGGGACCAGUGCCUACCACCAGCACCUUGAUUCUUCCUCCAGAGUACAGCUCUUGGGGCUACCCCUAUGGUGAGUCGAGGGCCAGGGCUUGGCAGGGAGGGGACGCCAGGAGCCCCAUGCAGACCCUGCUUUCUCCCCGCAGAGGCCCCACCGUCCUAUGAGCAGAGCUGCGGCGGCGUGGACCCCAGCCUGACCCCUGAGAGCUGACCCCGUGCUGCCUUCUCCAGGCAGGCCUGGCCUCUGCCCUGGAACUGGGGCGCCCAGGGCCUCGUGCCUUCUCUCUCAGCCUGGCCUGGCCCACUCAGGACCUGCCCAGCCUCUGCCAGCUCCUCUGGCGUCCACCCUCUUCUCCCUGGGGCUGCGGUGGGGGUGGCAGGGAGCUGGGACCUAGAGAGAUGCCUCCUGUAAAUAAAACGCUUUAUUUGUAGA